AUCACUGUGGCUGAAAUGAUAAGCCGAGCUGCAAAACAUUUAUACCAGAAGUACAUGCACAAUGUGGAGCACAUGUCUCUCUCUCAAGCUAUCAGCCAUUUUCUCAAUUGCUAUUUGGGCUCUCACCCAUCACCGCACACCCAGGUCAUGUCGGAGGAGUUUCAAAGAAAGAAAAAGAGCAAGGGGGGUAAAGUGAAGAACAAGGCUGGAGUGCUUGUAUAUAACCAUGACAAUUCUGAAUGGAUCUCAGAAACGCCUAAAACCUUGUGGAAGAAGAUUGUUGACGAUGUUCAGAAUCACUAUGACUUCAAAUUAGAGGGAGACAACAUGGACACAGCAGUGGAAACCUACCACAUGCAGAAGAUUUCCUUGCUCAGAGCUUUCUGUAAGAAGUUAGGAAUUCAGCUGAUGCUCAGGGAAUACUACAUGGACCUUAGACACAAGCAGUGCUUCUAUGAAGAGGACAUUGUCAACACUUUCCCUGUUACCAAACAUAUACACCACAAGGCAACAGAUGCAUACCAGUUCUUCACUAGUGGUCAGAACAAGAUCCAGCAAGGUUUGCUGAGGGAGGGCUAUGAGCUGAUAGGAGAGGCCCUGAACCUGCUUACCAAUGUGUAUGGAGCCCUGCACCCUGAGAUAGCCGCUUGUAUGAGACUCUUGGCCAGGCUUAACUAUAUAAUGGGGGACUAUGGUGAGGCCCUGAACUUCCAGCAAAAGGCUGUGAUCAUGACAGAGAGAGUCUUGGGAGUAGAUCAUCCUAACACUAUUACUGAAUAUGCUCAUUUUGCCCUGUACUGCUUUGCUGGUGGUCAGAUUCCCAGUGCUCUACAGUUGAUGUAUAGGGCGCGCUACCUGUCUUUGUUGUGUCAUGACGAGGAUCAUCCAAAUAUGGCUUUGUAUGAUAGCAACAUUGGUCUCAUCCUUCACGCUGCUGGACAGUAUGAAUUGUCCCUGUCCUUCCUAGAAAAUGCUCUCAAGCUGAAUACAAGAUUCUAUGGCACACAAAGUCUUAAGGUAGCCAUGGGGUACCACCUUGUAGCUAGGACACACUCAUGUAUUGGAGAUUUCAGGACUGCCCUUCAGAAUGAGAAAGAAGCUUAUACCAUUUACAAAUCCUUGCUUGGUGAGAAACAUGACCGUACCCAGGAAAGCUCUGAAUGCCUUCGUCAUUUGACAGAACAAGCUGUAGAGUUUCAGAGGAGAAUCAAUGACAUAUACAAGGGAGAAAAGAAUGUCUCCUUCCCUCCUUUACAGAUUCAGGUGCCUUCCUUGGUGAAUAUUUUGCAAAUUCUCAAUGCAAUAAAUGGUAUUGAGCUGAUACAGUGGGUCCAACUCAGUAAAGAAGAUGUAGAAAAACUUAGAGGGGUUGAUACCAAUAACAGAGCAACAAUAGAAGAAAUAGAUGGAGAUCAGCCAAGUGAAACAAAGUCGAAGCCCAGCGACGAUCUCAAAUCCGGUGUCCCAACCUCUGCACCCACAGAGCAACCCGUCUUGGUGAAUGGAAGUGCUCCUAGUCAUACAGAAAACAAUGCAGUAGACAGCUAAUGAACAUUAUAUUAUUGUGGGGAAAAGUUUCUUUGAGACAAAUAAUCUAUUCGACUUUCCAUUGUUUGGGUACAGAUUGAUUGAUCAGUCUUGGCAGGAAUCUCACAACCCAUCUUGUCAUCUUGAGGAGAAAAUCUAUGCCGUUGAAGCAAGAUUGAUAAAAAGAAAAAAAGGAUUGGUGAAGUGAGUAUUGCUGCCAGAAAGGAGUAAUUUAAAUCAACUGUGAAAAUUCACCAGUAUGCAGUGAAUAAAGCCAUCUGACUACUCUUUAAAUGUAUAUUGUAAAGAUAACCUUGCCAAUCAAAUUUAGAGCAGUUGUUUGUUACCGGCUUUGCCAGUAGCACUGAAAUAUUAAAACUGGUAAAAUGUGUAAAAUGAUGUAUUUGUGUAAGGAUUGCAUGUGUUGCUUUGUUAAAAUGAUAAUUCCUAAUGUAUGACCCUUGUAUGCAUGUUUUGUGAUUUAAAUUGACGACAUUUAGAGAUGUGCUGAAGAAAUGCAUUUAUAGGCACUUAAAGAUUAGUGAAUAAAAAAGAUUAGUGAGAUAAAUAAUGCUUUGGGGAAUCCCUAUUGUGUUGUUAAACAUACUGUUUCCUUCUUUUUACCACAUAAAUUUUUGUUCUCUGGCUUAGUGACAGUAUUGUUGUUGUUACAAUAAAGUUGAACACAUUC